AUGUCGGACUAUGACGAGUUCGACGACGGCUUCGACGCCGAUGAGUCCUUCUUCGCCGCCAUCGAUAGUAUCGAGGCGACGGCAACGGCUUCCUCGGCUUCAACCUCGACCGCCCCGACAACCGCAAGGGCUGCGCCGGCCGUGAGACCCUCAAUAACAUCGAUUCUGGGAACAAACUCGCCGUUCAAGCCCCCAAGUGCUGCCGUUGCCAGGCAGACUGCCCGUGUUAACGACACGCACGCAGAAUCUGGACCUUCUCGCCGUGCAGCUGCGCUCGGCGUGUGUCCGCCCCGUCCUCAUUUACCGCCUGCGCCACCACUCGCUCCCUCUUCUGACGACUUUGACGACUUCAACUUCUCCGAGGAGGCGCUUGCGCAGAUCGACGCAGCAGGUGCCCGCGGCCAUCAGCGCACAGCGAUCCCCAGCUCAAACCUGAACAGGGGCGGCCGCCCGUUUAACAGACAGAACAGCUUCCACCAGACGCACUUAAACUUUCACCGGGAGAAUCCCUAUACGAAAGGAAAGCGUUGGGAUCGCACUGCAUAUGCUGCGAGUGGGAGGCGGCUCGACGCCGACAAAGCGAAAAAGAAGGCUAAAGGAAAGAGGAACGAUGAUGAGAGUGAGGACGAGGCACCGCUGCUGCCAGACGGUAUUCCACCUAUUGAUACCUUUGCUUUGCGCACCGCGCAGCUGACUCCAGUCUUCCGAUGGUUUCCCUCCGGAAAGAUUGUUUUCAUGGCACCUACCAAGCCACUGGUCAACCAGCAGAUUGAGGCGUGUCAGUUGACAUGUGGCAUUCCUCACGACGCGGCGGCUGUCAUCAACGGCUCGGUCUCUAGUGUGGAAAGGGACAGAUUGCGCGUGUUCUACUGCACGCCCCAAACCCUGCAGAACGACUUGGAACGGGGAGCUAUCGAUGCGAGGGAUAUCGUUCUGGCCGUUGUUGCCGUGUCACCUUACUUCCGCGUGCUGGCACUCACUGCCACCCCCGGCAACAAGGUCGAUAAGGUGCAGGGUGUGGUCGAUGGCCUCCACAUCAGCCGCAUCGAGAUCCGCGAGGCUGAGUCGCCCGAGAUCACGCAGUAUACGAACGAAAAGAGAGUUGAGUUGCACACAAUCCCCGUCGAGGGUGUCGUCCGGGACACGAUGAGACGCUGGGCGGAGCUCAUGCACCCUCUCCUCAAGCGCCUAGUGGAUAAGAACGUUCUCACUCCACGCGACUUAGAUGCAACCCGCCUUCGACCCUUCACGGUGCAAGCGAAGCUUAUGGAACUCGGCCGACAUCCUCAGUUCAAGUGGAUCUGGGGCCCAAUGCAACAAGUUCGGCAGAUGGCGGCCGCCAUGCAGCACCUGUUGGAAUACUCCUUGGGAACCUUUCACGAGAAGGCUUUGCAAAUGAGCGGCGCCUCCAACGACAAGGGAAAGAAGGGCAACUCACGGGGAGGCGCGAACGCUUUGCAUAACAAUCGAGAGUAUCAAAUGCUCAUGACGGACGUUGAGACUGCUCUGAACGAGAUCAAAGGGGGUAGAGAGGGCAAGACGAGAGCCGAUCUGCAUCCGAAGAUGAAGAAGACGCUGGACCUCGACGCUCUGAAUGACCACCCUGGUCUUCUACGACCCACGAGGUUCGUUGGCCAAAGCGACGGGAAGAAAGCGGGUGACAGGGGCCUUAGGCAGAAGGAUCAGAAGCAGGCGAUCGCCGACUUCAAGGAGGGCAAGUUCAACAUCCUGGUUUCGACGUCAGUUGGAGAGGAAGGUCUCGACAUCGGCGAGGUCGACUUCAUCAUCCUGUACGACAUGCCGCAGCAGUCGAUUAAGCAGAUUCAGCGUAUCGGUCGUACCGGUCGUAAGCGCGACGGCAUCGUGCACGUCCUGAUGACGGAAGGACGAGAGGAUGGAAACUGGGAGAAGGCGCAGCAGACCCACCGGGACAUUCAGCGCGAGAUUCUCCUGAACGCCAACCUCGAGCUGUUCGAGGAUGUCGAGCGCCUUCUGCCACCAGGAGAUUUGCCGACGUGUGUCGAAAAGGAAAUGCCUGUCGAUGCCUGGGAUCCUGGAGCUAAGGGCAAGAGGAAGCAACUCGCUGGUGCCAGUAAGCUGAAGGCAAAGCGCGCGCCUGUCAUGGCCGUCCCCGAAGGAGCAGAAGGCUUCAAGAGUGUCUCCGCCUGGUUGAAGGAAGGCACAAAGGGGAAGCGGGGCAAGAAUUCUGGUCUGCGCGAUUACGAUGACGAAGAUUCGGAGGGAGACGGCGAACAGGGGUCUUCGGGCAAGACGAAGUCUGACCGGCCAAGAAAGGCUCGCAAGAGCGACAAGCCGAAGACAGCGGCUGAGCUCGCGGCGGAGGCGGCUGCCGAGAAGGCCGCUGCUGCAGAACGCGAGCGUCAAGAGCGCGAGGAGUUGGACAAUGAAGCUAUCGACUUCUUCAACACACAGGGUUUAGUGCGCGCGCCGCCUCCUGGCUUGUUCGACUCUCCGCCCGCGCGUUCACCUUCGCAAGCGUCCUCGAGUGGAAUCGUCUGGACUCCCUCUCCCAAACGCGCAGACCACGCUCUGCCUGCUGAGUCACCCUCCAAGUCUUCACCUUUCAAAUCGCCGGCGCAGCCAAAUGGCAAACCGAACGGCACCCCGCUGUUCCAGCCCACCAUCGACCUCAGCCUCGAUGAUGAUGACGAGGAUAUCUUCAAGGAGGAGCCCCCCGCUCCGAAGGCAUCAACCCUAGACAAGAGUAUGCCCCCGCCACCUCUGCCGACCAAGUCUUCGCCCUAUUCACCCAAGGUUGCCACACCUCUCUCUCGCCCGGCGCAGCUGGUGCCGGCGAGCACACCUAUGACCGACUCGACCGAGCCGACACCCUUUCCGGUCCGUACGCGGCGCCGCAUCGGCAUCGUCGGCUCCAGCCCCGAUAUGAGCCUAGCUCAAAGUCUGCAGCGCCUCCGCCGGCGAGGUGAAGCCAUUGUAGCCGCACAGGACGACAGCAGUCCCGUCGCCAUGCGCCGCCGCCGCAAGCGGCUGCGUGGCGCAUACGCCGACCACGAAAUGGCGUCUGGGGACGAAUCCUCGGGCAGCGAGAACUCGCAGGACCGCAUGUUUGCGGGCGAUUUUGCUGCCACGCAAGCGCCCCGUGGGUACGACCAGCACGCAGUUUAUGCAGCGGGUCUCAGUACCCAAGCAUGCGCUCGUGCCGGGCUCAAGUUCGACCGCGACGGCGCGACCGAGCGUGCCGCGUUUCUCAGCAAGGCGCGCAAGGCUGUGCUGCUCAGCGACGACGAGCGCGACCGCGAGCGUGACUCGGAGGACGAGUACGAGGUCGGCAGCUUUGUGUGCGACGACGAGGACAUCUCGUUUGCCAGGAAGUGA